CAAUCAUGACUUGGUGCGUUGGUAGCCGGGCAUCAUGAACGUGCCGACACUUCAACGUCCAUUGGCACAAGGUGCCACCACUCUAGUCAUGAGGAGUACGCAUUUGAAGUUGACUAACCAGGAGAUUAUGACACUGCUCAAUGUGCUGACAGUAGCUUUGGGCUACAAGAGACCAAUGUAUGACUUCGUUUACAUGCCUUGGGCUAAGCUGGCGAUCGUUAACUUUGUGGACCAUGCGUCGUACAAGGCCCACUUUGACAAGAUACAGGAGGUGUGCGACUUGGGUACGGAGCAUCCAGCGAUUCGCAAUGUUGCACAGGCUUACAUCCAAGGAUUGGCUGCUAAUCUCGCCUUCUUCUUGGCCAAAUCCGGACAACAGGCUGUUCACCAACCGCAUGCGCCCAUGGUGUUCCAACAAGGAGUCCAAGUGCCGCUACAGGACGCUGUGCAGCGGCAUGUCUCUCCAGAACUUUUGGCGUCAAUGGAGCAGAGUCUCGCUACGAACGUGCAUGAGAUGGGACUUCAGAACAGUUGGCCUCGAAAAGGAAAAGGCAAAGGCCGAGGACAUCGGCAGCAGAAUGGUACAGUCCAAGCCCAAACUAGGCAAUCUGCGAGUGGCUUUGCCAACGAAGACGAGAUAGGCCUCAAUAUGCACCCAGACUCGUUACUCUUCAUGCAGGUGCAGUCCUCUCCAUCUGCGCCAGACCGUGUAGUCUACACUCUGUGACAGGGCUGUGGUCUACACUCUGUGACAGAGCGACUGGCAGAGUAAUGAGUGGGAGCGCAGCUCCACGAUGAUGGGGCUAGGGCCAGGACACCAAAUUCGGAAAUGCCUUCCGCAGUUUUCUUUAUCCCUCCACCCCAACAAGUUGAAUUCGGAUGUGGAUCGAACGUCCUUUGAUCAUGACCGUUGAUGUUUGUGG